AGUUGGGGCCAGAUGUUAUAUGCUAAGAUGGUGUUUGGACCUGGAAGCUAUCUUUUACUCUUGCUGUUAGCCUUUGGACAACAUAUUAAUGCAAUUAGUUCAAGAGCUCAGGGCUCGACGGGCAUAAAACCUUAUUUCCCUUCAGUCGGCUUCUUUGAUCAAGGGAAAGACAUCCCUGCUCAGCUUCAGAGUGAUGGUCCUGCUGGGACCGCUUCCUUUGGUUCUCCUGCUAGUCCUGGGAGUGCCUACAAUAAAGUGUCCACACACCUGAGCUUCCAGAGGCCAGUGAAUAAUGAUAAUGAAGACUUGCAGUCCAGAAUUGACACCAGCAUACCUUUCCAUGGCUUCACAUUACAAGCCAAGAAACCGAGGUCCGACACACCUCCGCAGCAGGCUAGCUACCAGGUGCCCCCCAAGCCGCAGCAGCAGGCUAGCUACCAGGUGCCCCCCAAGCCGCAGCAGACUAGCUACCAGGUGCCCCCCAAGCAGCAGCAAUAUGCUGGCUACCAGCCGCAGCAGCAGGCUAGCUACCAGGCGCCCCAAAAUCCACCACAGCAGCAGGCUAGCUACCAGGCGCCCCCAAAGCCGCAGCAGCAGGCUAGCUACCUGGUUCCCCCAAAGCCGCAACAGCAGGCUAGCUACCUGGCGCCCCCAAAGCCUCAGCAGCAGCAGCAGGCUAGCUACCAGGCGCCCCCAAAGCAGCAGCAGGCUAGCUACCAGGCACCCCCAAAGCAGCAGCAGCAGGCUAGCUACCUGGUUCCCCCAAAGCAGCAGCAGGCUAGCUACCUGGCGCCCCCGAAGCCGCAGCAGCAGGCUAGCUACCAGGCGCCCCCAAAGCCGCAGCAGCAGCAGGCUAGCUACCAGGCGCCCCCAAAGCCGCAGCAGCAGCAGGCUAGCUACCAGGCGCCCCCAAAGCCGCCGCAGCAGCAGGCUAGCUACCAGGCUCCCCCAAAGCCGCAGCAGCAGGCUAGCUACCAGGUGCCCCCCAAGCAGCAGCAAUAUGCUGGCUACCAGCAGCAGCAGCAGGCUAGCUACCAGGCGCCCCCAAAGCAGCAGCAGCAGCCGGCUAGCUACCAGGCGCCCCCAAAGCAGCAGCAGCAGGCUAGCUACCAGGCGCCCCCAAAGCCGCAGCAGCAGGCUAGCUACCAGGUGCCCCCAAAGCCGCAGCAGCAGGCUAGCUACCAGGUGCCCCCAAAGCUGCAGCAGCAGGCUAGCUACCAGGUGCCCCCAAAGCAGCAGCAGCAGCAGGCUAGCUACCAGGUGCCCCCAAAGCAGCAGCAGCAGGCUAGCUACCAGGCGCCUCCAAAGCAGCAGCAGGUCUACCAGGCAGCCCCUCGGCCGACUAGCUACCCGUCAACCCAUCUGUAUCAAGACCACCAGGAGCCCCUCAAGCCCCAGCUCUACAGGGUGCCCCGCAUUCAGCAGGGUUACCAGGGGCCCCCCAAGCAGACUAGUUACCAGGCGCCCCCAAAGCAGCAGACUGGUUACCAGGUGCCCCCCAGGCAGACUAGUUACCAGGUGCCCCCCAGGCAGACUAGUUACCAGGCGCCCCCCAAGCAGCAGACUGGUUACCAGGCACCCCCAAAGCAGACUGGUUAUCAGGCGCCCCCAAAGCAGACUGGUUACCAGGCGCCCCCAAAGCAGACUGGUUACCAGGCGCCCCCAAAGCAGACUGGUUACCAGGCGCCCCCAAAGCAGACUGGUUACCAGGCGCCCCCAAAGCAGACUGGUUACCAGGCGCCCCCGAAGCGGACUGGUUACCAGGCGCCCCCGAAGCGGACUGGUUACCAGGCGCCCCCGAAGCGGACUGGUUACCAGGCGCCCCCGAAGCGGACUGGUUACCAGGCGCCCCUGAAGCGGACUGGUUACCAGGCGCCCCCAAAGCAGACUGGUUACCAGGCGCCCCCAAAGCAGACUGGUUACCAGGCGCCCCCAAAGCAGACUGGUUACCAGGCACCCCCCAAGGACACUGGCUACCAGGGGCCCCCCAAGCAGACUGGUUACCAGGCACCCCCCUGGCAGCAAACUAGUUACCAGGCACCCCCCAAGGAGACUGGUUACCAGGCACCCCCCAAGGAGACUGGUUACCAGGCACCCCCCAAGGAGACUGGUUACCAGGCGCCCCAAAAGCAGCUGACUGGUUACCAGGUGCCCCCCAAGGAGACUGGUUACCAGGUGCCCCCCAGGCAGCACACUGGUUACCAGGCGCCCCAAAAGCAGCAGACUGGUUACCAGGCGCCUCAAAAGCAGCAGACUGGUUACCAGGCGCCUCAAAAGCAGCAGACUGGUUACCAGGCGCCCCCCAAGCAGACUAGGAACCUGGCGCCCCCGAAGGAGACUGGUUACCAGGUGCCCCCCAAGGAGACUGGUUACCAGGUGCCCCCCAGGCAACAGACUGGUUACCAGGUGCCCCCCAGGCAGCAGACUGGUCACCCAGCGCCCCCCAAGCAGCAGACUGGUCACCAGGGGCCCCCCAGGCAGCAGACUGGUCACCCGGCGCCCCCCAAGCAUCCAGUGUACCAGGUGACCUACAGGAUCCCGCCUGCGCAGAGCCUCAAGGUUCCCAGGGCCAGCACCAUACGGUAUCUCCAUGAAUGACUUCUGCAGUCUGCAGCUUCCCGUCUGAAAAUAAACUGAUUCUUAAAAACUGUUUAGUCAUUGUCUUUGCUUCGGUUAAUAAGAAUUUCAGUGUCUUGACAUCGUUUUCUGUUUGGUAAUGAGGUUACAGGACAAUUGUCCACUGGACUUGUAUCCUUGUUGGUGGUUCAUACUGCCCUCGCUGGCUGGUUUAAGGCGGAUGGACACUUUCAGAAAAUCUGGAGCAGAAAUUGAAGCUCCUCAUCUUCUGAGGCAACCGCCUCCAUUUGCUCGAGAGCGACUGGAUACAUCCCACCUCUAUCAUACUUGUUUGCAGGCUACACUUAAAAUAUCUAAAGGACAUUUUGCUCAUGCUCUGUGUGUACUUUAAGGAAUGAUGGCUUUCACAUGCCUCACUGGGUCCAAGAUGAGUACAGUUUCUCCAUUGACCUAUUGUGACGGUUUGAUUACAACCAUUUGGUAACCAGUAGUCCAGCCUGUUGGUACACAUAUAGAUAUUUGCUGUUAGGCAUGAGUAUCCUGACUGCAGUACCAUGGACCACAAUGCGCAAAUAAAUCGAUGGC